GUCGAUCGUUGUGCGUCUCGUGUCGAAGUUGUUUUAGUUGUCAGCGCGAGCCGUUCGUUGUAUUAAAGUCUUGUUAAAAAACCUAAUACAAGUGUCAAAAAAUACAUAUCACCGAGUUGUUAGAAAAUAUAUACCUACAAUAUUUUGAAGUGCAAAACAGAUUCUAAAAACAACACAAUAGAAAGUUUUUAAAGCAAAACUUUUCUAUACAAUGGCAAGCCUGUCCUUUAAUCAAGCGAAUAGCGAUAGCGUUUGUGAACUUACGCCGAAAAUCAGUAAAUUUUUCAGCGACAGCUCAAAUUACCAAAGCAAAAUUCAACAACUGAUCAGCUUUAGCUUCACAUCUUACAAUUUCAUAUUUAUUACAUGCAUACUUAGCAUAAGUAAGUUGUGUACCGCAGCCGCCACUGAUCCAACACAAUCUGGGGCUUCUACAGCAGUGCCAUCACCAAAUACUGGCUUUGUUAUACCUAAUAUAAGUGGAUCUGCAUUAUUAGAAAAACUUAAUUCAUUACGUGCAAGUACAAGUGGUCCAGCAAUGGAUAAGUCAAAGAAUUCUAGUCCCCAUGCAGGAAAUAGUAUAAUUGAUAAUACCGGACUUAAUUCAUUUUUUGGUGGUAAAGGGUUUAUGAGUAUGGAUUUUACGUUCUUAAAUAUAUCGGGAAAAAUUGGGACACCGUUAAGCAUAGGUAAGUCAACUUUAAAUGCAUGGUUUUAA